CUUAGCAACAGAGCAACAGCAAGAUGGCGGCCCCCAGUAACGCGGAGCAUUCUCCCGAAAUAUCGGUGCCGCUGAAGAUACCUAAAACCGAGGUCCCGUCUCCAGAAUCGGAAGAUUUGAGUGACAGCAACCAGUACCACUCUAAUUCCUCCACGCCUAACAGAUUUUCACCUUUGAACGUGGGCAUUUCCAUAUCGGGGGUCGCAGGCCGAAGUGGAACGGCCUCUGCCUCCUCCAACAGUUUCACCGUGUGCCGGGGCAUGUCGUGGACCCCGUCCGAAACCAACGCUCUCAUUGCUGUGUGGGGCAACGAAAGGUUAGCCGAGGCGCGGAUGCAGCAGCUGGAAGUAGCAGGGACGGUGUUUUCUGGGAAAGCACCCGGGCCGGCCAUGUACGAGCGUGUGUCAAGAGCCUUGGCGGAGCUGGGAUACGAAAGGACCCCGUCUCAGUGUAGAGAGAGGAUGAAGACCCUCCGGCGAUGCUACAGCCGCGUGAAGGAGCAUGGCAUCGGGAAGAGGAAGAGCAGCUACUCCAUCGAGCAACUGGAGAAGGUGUUCGGCCAGGGCGGCUGGGACUCACAGAGCUGUCAGCCGGUGCUGAUCAACAGCAGCGGCCUGUACCAGGAGAUGGAGUCGGACGGGAGCACCAUGGAAGACUACCCUCAGGAGGACUGGUGCAACCAGGACCUGGCCGCUGCUUUCCAGGAGGGCGAAAUAGAGGCUGAGGAGAUCCAGCUUCCUAAAAACAGAAUUUUACAGUUAAGACCAGAGGCUUCAGAGCAUACUCACGGUGUUAUGAAUCCCUGCAGACGACAGGAAGUGAUGCAGAAUGUGAUGCGCAUCCUGGAGUCCGUGGAGGUCAAAUGGGAGCACUUCCAAACAUGGACAGACUUUUCCCGCCUGCAUCUCUCCAACAAGCUGGCAAUCUUCGGUGUGGGUUACAACACACGCUGGCGCGAGGAGAUCCGCUACCACUACGCCGAGAUCAGCUCCCAGGUGCCUCUGGGAAAGCGGCUGCGUGAAUACUUCAACCCGGAGAAGACCGAAGGCCGUGUCAUCAUGACCAAGGUGCAGAAGAUGAACUGGAAGAAUGUUUAUUACAAGUUCCUUGACAUCACUAUUAGCGAAGCGCGCUGUCUGGAGCUCCACAUGGAGGUGGACUGGAUCGCCAUAGCGCAGACCGGCUCCACGGGCUGCGGUGACGGCUCGCAGUACCUCCUUCCAGGCGGCAUCCCGAAAACAUACGGGUUGUACGCCAUUGGCUACGAGGAGGGGGUGGGCUCGAGUGCAGAAUGCGGCAGCUCGCCGGCGGGAGUGCAAGAGGCAGAGCGUGUUGAGGACGAGAAGAAGCGAAAGAAAACAUCAGCCAAAGUGACCUACUGCUACCUCGGCAUAGCGGAGGAGCGGACCCUGCAGCAAUGUCUAUUCCAGCACUUCCAGAGCUCAGGCAAGCACUGCAGCCGGGCUGAGCCCUCCGCCAUCAGCAGGUUCCUGCAGGAGAACUGCUCCACCCAAGCCAAGCACAGCAGCUCCUCACCCCCCCUGCCCAUCUACAUUAAAUUCAUAGAGGUCGAGCUAGACUUUCUCUCUGCUGGAUCCUUGGUGGAAUGUUUAGAAAUUGCAAUCGGGUAUCCCUUAAAGUUCAACAAGAAGGACACCUUGUAACUGCGACUUUUCACUGACUUGGCCUAAAAUAUGUAUUUGACUAAAGUCUGUGUUGCACGACCAUAUUGAAGCAGUCUAGACAUUGCUCAGCUUACAAGCUAGACUUUUCACACAGAAGGAAAUAACUGAGUGAAUUCUAGAACACUGGCUGAAUGCAGUCUGGAUUGUUUCAGUGUGGUUUUGGGGGUGCAGGUUGAACGUUUUCAGGAAGUUUGAUGUAGUAGGCUUUAUCAGGGAGCCGUGGGCCUGUUCAGGUUGGAAUGAGAGAGAGGGUGGCAUCUAGGAGAUGCCCUCUCCAUUUUAAAACUGCCUUUAUUUUUAUCUCUUCUACCAAUGCAUCAGAGUGUGUUGGGACAAAGGCACUUUUAAUUUCCCAUAAAACUCUGGGGGAAAAUGAAUCUAAAUGCAAAGUUUAUCGCUAUAGAAGUCUAUAUAUAUAUAUAUAUAUAUAUAUAUUUAAGAAUAUCGAUGUUGUCAAGCAUUCCAGCAUUUCCAAAAAUUGCAUUCAAAGGACAUUUUCAGUAUUUCGAUAUUUGUUUAUAUAUGUUUUUAUUUGUGAAUUCACAGUGUCUUUCUGUAUGAUUGUUUCCAGUUUACAGUAUUGUUUACAUGUUUGGGAGAGAAAAAAAAAACAAUAAAUGGGGCACCUUUCACUCAUUUGCCAUUUAUUAAUGAUGUUGAAGAGAAUGUUUUCCUUACAUAUUUGAUCCAAGUUUACUCCCUGCUCUUUUUAGGCUUGCUCUUUUUUUAAGAAACAUUUUGAUUUAUGUUCUUUUUUUUAUUAUUUGGUUUCGUUCAAAUAUCGAUCUUAAGACUCUAAGUUAUACAAAACAAAGUUGCAAAAAGCUUUUAAAUUGCAUUAACUAUUGUAUAGACUAUGGGAAACCUAAUGUGUGGAGGUUUUUUUUUUGUUUGGUUUUUUUUGUAUGAUACCCAGAAAUUAGUAUUCAUCAUGCUACCGCCAGAUGGCAGUAGAAACGCGAGUCAAUAGCCCCUUGAUUCUGAACAAAUUGUAGUGAAUAAUUAACUAUUUGUGGCUACCUUCAGAAAGGUGUAUUGUGUUAAACCCAAAUGGGCUGAACGUCAGUGUUGAUAAAAGAGCUAUAGAACCUCUAUAGUUAACAAUUGCAUUCUUGUUCUUGUUCAUUGCAUUUUUCAGUAUAAUGGGAUAUAUGCAUUUUCUGCACACAUAUGAGAUAAUAUUGAACAAAAGCCUAACAGACAGAAAUGAAGGUAGUGCUUUUGUUUCUUUUAACAUGUGCCAAUAGACAUCAAUUAUUCAAAUACAGUCUGCUUUCCCUUUUAAAGGUGCUGUGCAAGGCAGGUCACUGCUCCAGAAAAGGCCCAUUACUCUCACAAAGUAGGAUAUUACAGUUACAUCAGUACACUUACACAAUAACUAAGCCUUUUUAUCUAGUUUGGGUAGACCUUUUUAUUGAAUAACACCUUAAUAGGUUAAUUAGACCCUUUCUGCAGGAACCUGUGAACCUUUCUACAUAGUUUAAAAUGAAUGUGAACAUACAAUUAAGUCCAUAAUCUAAGACAUGUUGUUUAUAUAUAUAUAUUGAAAAAUAAAAUGUAAUAAUACAUG